AUGGCCGGGCUCAGGGACGCCCUGCUGCCGCUCGUCCUGCAGCUCGCGAGCCUGGCGCUGGCCGCGGGGCCGGGCAGGGGUGGGGCCGUCUCCACGGAGCCCCUCAGGCUUGCUGACAUCCAUGACGACCAGCAGCAGGCACUUGCCCACUCCUCAGCCCCUGCUGGAGCCCCCCAGGAGCAGUGGCGCCCCCUGGAGGAGUGGCUGGGACGACUGGAGGCUGAGGUGGCGGAGCUCAGAGAGCAGAAGAAGGACCUGCAGGCCAGGGUGAGGCAGCUGGAGGCCUGUGAGUGCCGCCCAGUGGCCCCUCAGUGCUGGGCGCUGGGCAGGGCCUGGCCUGAGGGGGCCAACUGGGAGCCCGAUGCCUGCACUGCCUGCAUCUGCCGGAACGGAGCUGCACGCUGUGGUCCCAAGCCCAGCCUUCCCCAGUGCCAUGGCUGCAGCCACAGCGGUCGGGCCUAUGGCAAUGGGGAGACCUUCUCCCCAGAUGCCUGUACCACCUGCCACUGCCUGGCAGGGACCGUGCGGUGCCAGGGGCCCUCUUGCCCAGAGCUCAACUGCCUGGAGAGCUACACCCCACCGGGGGAGUGCUGCCCCAUCUGCUGCACAGAAGGUGGCACUCACCAGGAGCAUGGCCAAGAGUGGACUCUACCUGGGGACCCCUGCCGGAUCUGCAGGUGCCUGGAGGGCCAUGGCCAGUGCCGCCAGCAGGAGUGCACCAGCCUGUGCCCACACCCUGCCCGGCCCCACCCAGGCGCCUGCUGCCCCGUGUGUGACGGCUGUUUCCUAAAUGGGCGGGAGUACCGCAGCGGGGAGCCUGUGGGCUCUGGGGACGCCUGCUCAAACUGCCAUUGCGCUAACGGGAGUGUCCAGUGUGAGCCUCUGCCCUGCCCACCUGUGCCCUGCAGACACCCGGGCAGGACCCCUGGGCAGUGCUGCCCAGUCUGUGACGGCUGCGAAUACCAGGGACACCAGUACCAGAGCCAGGAGACCUUCAGACCCCAAGAGAGUGGCCGCUGUGCCCGCUGCCUCUGCCAGGCCGGCGAGGUGUCCUGUGAGGAGCAGGAGUGCCCAGUGGCCCCUUGUACCCUGUCGGACUCUGGCCCCCAGCUCUGCUCAGCCUGCGUGCUAGACGGAGAGGAGUUUGCUGAGGGGGUCCAGUGGGAGCCAGAAGGUCAGCCCUGCACUGCCUGCUCCUGUCGAGAUGGGGUGCCCGUGUGCGAGGCUCUGCUGUGCCCCCCGGCCCCCUGCCAGCACCCCACCCAGCCCCCUGGUGCUUGCUGCCCCAGCUGUGAGAGCUGCACCUACCAGGGCCAGGUGUAUACCAACGGGCAGAACUUCACUGACGCAGACAGCCCUUGCCACGCCUGCCGCUGCCAGGACGGGACUGUGAGCUGCUCCUUGGUCGACUGCCCUCCCACCACCUGCGCCAGGCCCCAGCUUGGCCCUGGUCAGUGCUGCCCCAGGUGCCCAGACUGCAUCCUGGAGAAGCAGGUGUUUGUGGAUGGCCAGAGCUUCUCCCACCCACGAGACUCCUGUCAGGAGUGCCAGUGCCAGGAGGGCCGUGCCCACUGCCAGCCUCGGGCCUGCCCUAGGGCCCCCUGCGCCCACCCGCUGCCGGGUGCCUGCUGCCAAAACGACUGUAGUGGAUGUGCCUUUGCCGGGAAAGAGUACCCCAGUGGAGCCGAUUUUCCCCACCCUUCCGAUCCAUGUCGCCUGUGUCGCUGUCUGAGCGGCAACGUGCAGUGCCUGGCCCGCCGCUGCCAGCCGCUGUCCUGUCCAGAACCCGUCUUGCCGCCGGGAGAGUGCUGCCCACAGUGCCCAGCCCACGCCGGCUGCCCGCGGGCCGGGGGCGCGGCCCCUGCCCAACACCAGGAGCACUUCUCCCUGCCUGGUGACUCCUGCCGCCGCUGCCUCUGCCUCGACGGCUCGGUGUCCUGCCAGCGGCUACCCUGCCCGCCAGCGCUCUGCCCCCACCCACGCCAGGGGCCUUGCUGCCUCGCCUGCGACGGCUGCUCGUACCAGGGGAAGGAGUUGGCCAGCGGGGAGCGCAUCCCUUCGCCCAGUGUCCCUUGUCACGUCUGUCUCUGCUGGGAAGGCAGCGUUAACUGUGAGCCCAGGACCUGUGCCCCAGCGCGGUGCCCCUUCCCCGCCAGGGGCGACUGCUGCCCUGCCUGUGAUGGCUGUGAGUAUUUGGGGGAAUCCUACCUGAGCAGCCAGGAGUUCCUGGACCCCAGAGACCCCUGCAACCUAUGUACCUGCCUUGGAGGCUUCGUGACCUGCAGCCGCCGCCCCUGCGAACCUCUGAGCUGCAGCCACCCACUCACCCCAUCUGGGAACUGCUGCCCGACCUGUCAGGGAUGCCUUUAUCACGGGGUCACUGCUGCUUCCAGAGAGACCUUUCCUGACCCACUUGACCCCACCUGCUCCAUCUGCACCUGCCAGGAAGGUUCCGUGCGCUGCCAGAAGAAGCCGUGCCCCCCAGCUCCCUGCACCCACCCCUCUGUGGGGCCCUGCUUCUGCCCUGUCUGCCACAGCUGCCUCUCGGGGGGCCGGGAGCACCAGGAUGGGGAGGAGUUUGCGGGGCCUGCUGGCAGCUGUGAGCAGUGCCGCUGUCAGGCUGGCCAGGUCAGCUGUGUGCGCCUGCAGUGCCCACCCCUGCCCUGCCAGCUGCAGGUCACAGAGCGGGGGGCCUGCUGCCCUCACUGCAGAGGCUGCCUGGCUUAUGGGAAGGAGCAUCCUGAAGGCAGUAGCUGGGUGCCCCCCGACAACCCCUGCUCCUCCUGCAUGUGUCACGAGGGCGUUGUCACCUGUGCCCGCAUCCAGUGUGUCAGUUCCUGUACCCAGCCCCUCCAGGGGCCCGGUGACUGUUGCCCACGAUGCUCUGACUGUGAGCACAAGGGGCGCAAGUAUGAGCCAGGGGAGAGCUUCCAGCCUGGGACAGACCCCUGUGAAGUGUGCGUCUGUGAGCUACAGCCCGAGGGGGCCCCCAGCCUGCACUGUCACCGUCGGCAGUGCCCCAGCCUGGUGGGCUGCCCCCCAAGCCAGCUUCUGCCUCCUGGGCCCCAGCGCUGUUGCCCGACCUGUGCUGAAGCGCUGAGUAACUGCACAGAGGGCCUGCUGGGAUCUGAGCGGGCCCCGCCAGACCCAUGCUACACCUGCCAGUGCCAGGACCUGACAUGGCUCUGCAUUCACCGGGCCUGUCCCGAGCUCAGCUGCCCCCUUUCAGAGCGCCAUACCCCCCCUGGGAGCUGCUGCCCUGUGUGCCAGGCCCCUGCUCCGUCGUGCGCUCACCAGGGCCGGGAAGUGGCCUCUGGAGAGCGCUGGGCCGUGGACGCCUGCACCAGCUGCUCCUGCGUGGCCGGCACCGUGCGCUGCCAGAGCCAGCGCUGCCCGCCGCUGUCCUGUGGUCCUGACGAGGCCCCCGCCCUGAGUCCCGGCAGCUGCUGCCCGCGCUGCGUGCUCCGGCCCGCCUCCUGCUUGGCCUUCGGAGAUCCACACUACCGCACCUUCGACGGCCGCCUGCUGCACUUCCAGGGCGGCUGCAGCUACGUGCUGGCCAAGGACUGUCGCGGAGGGGACUUCAGCGUCCACGUGACCAACGAUGACCGUGGCCGGAGCGGCGUGACUUGGACGCAGGAGGUGGCGGUGCUGUUAGGAGGCGUGGUCGUGCGGCUGCUGCAGGGCGGGGCGGUCACGGUGGACGGGCGCCCCGCGGCCUUGCCUUUCCUGCAGGAGUCGCAGCUGUACGUGGAGCUGCGGGGCCGCACGGUGAUCCUGCACGCCCAGCCGGGGCUCCAGGUGCUGUGGGACAGGCAGUCCCAGGUGGAGGUGAGGGUGCCUGGCUCCUACCGAGGCCAGACCUGUGGGCUCUGUGGGAACUUCAACGGCUUUGCCCAGGAUGACCUGCGGGGCCCCCAGGGGCUGCUCCUGCCCACAGAGGCUGCGUUUGGGAACAGCUGGCAGGUGAGUGAGCACAGACAAAGGAGCCGGCCCUGUGCUCUGGGCCGAGAGGUGGAUCCAUGCCGGGCAGCAGGUUACCGUGCCCGGCGUGAGGCCAAUGCCCGGUGUGCGGUGCUGAAAUCAGCCCCAUUCAGUCGAUGCCACGCCGUGGUGCCCCCGGAGCCCUUCUUUGCUGCCUGUGUAUAUGACCUGUGCGCGUGUGGCCCCGGCCCCUUGGCAGAUGCCUGCCUCUGUGACGUCCUGGAGGCCUAUGCCAGCCGUUGUCGCCAGGCAGGAGCGACGCCUGCCUGGCGGGGCCCCAUGCUUUGCGUGGUGGACUGCCCCCUGGACCGUGGCUUCGUGUUUGAUGAGUGUGGCCCGCCCUGCCCCCGCACCUGCUUCAACCAGCACAUCCCCCUGGGGGAGCUGGCAGCCCAUUGCGUGAGGCCCUGCGUGCCCAGCUGCCAGUGCCCCGCAGGCCUGGUGGAACACGAGGCCUACUGCAUCCCCCCCGAGGCCUGCCCCCCAGUCCUGCUCACCGGGGACCCACCACUCAGUGCUCUGCCCAGCCCCAGCCGGGGUCACCAGGGGAUGCCCUGA